AUGCUUAGAAAGCUUGUCCUGGCUGGUGCUCUGCUUGUGGCUGGCUCGAAUGCCGACCUCAAUUACACAAUCCCAGCUGCUCGAUGCGUGGACACCACCAGCUACGACACUUGCUCGAACGGGGUGGACUCGACCUUCCAAGGAUGUACGACAAGGAAUGGCGCCAACAACGAUGAUAUCGUGGCAUGUGCUGAUACAGCCAACGCCUUCCGCUUAGGUUGCAUUUACCAGUAUUGCUGGAACGUUGUCUAUAGCUGCGAGGUUCAGCAACUGGUCAGUCUAGUUGCCCAAACGGAAGGCAACGGUGGCAUUCCAUAUUAUCCAGCACCGGACAACGCGCUCGGCGGCUGUAGUUGUAACCUAGAGUUGGUGGAAGAAGUCGUGAUCGGCUCGCUUUCUGCUCUUGGCGCUUGCUCGAACACCUAUAACAACAAUGCUGGUUGUGAAUGUUGUGCUCAGGCUGGUGCAUACGCUGGGCUGUACUCAGUCUGUCCCUCGGUCGACCCCAAGUACCUUUUGGCAACACUACCGGGCACGGACACCCUUCUGACCAUAUACGACCCACCAUUCGCACAAUGUGGCUCCGUACUCCAGCAGACCGAUUGCGAGAAGGAUUUAGGAUAUCCUGCUCUCCCUAGUCCAUUAACGUACCUGUCCGCAGCUCCCUCAACUACUGGCACGGCAUCUUACUCGGAUCUAUCGGGUUCCCUCAACGCUCCAUCCGCCUCAGUGGUGCCAUACAUCCUGGUCGGCAACAUAACUAUAAGCAUCACUGCUGCGAGUGUAGGUGGAGCCGGGACAUCCAAUCGCCCAGCGACGACGAGUGCAGGUGCUGCAGGAGGGUCACUUACUACGUCCACAGGAAGCUCACAUGCCGCAGCAUCUGGAAGUGGGGGCGCGAACAAUGGAUCGCAGACAUCCGGUGGUGGUGCCGUGACGGCCAGCGCGACAGCCAGUAGAGGAAUUUCAAGGUCAUUCGGGUCUCAGGCUUCUUGUAUCUUCAUGGCGAUGCUAGUCAUGUUGACCUCGAUCGGUGGACUGUUGUAA